CUGUGCUCGGAGGUGGACGAGGGCUGCAGGAGAGAGGCCUCAUCCUCGGGAAUGGCCCUUCCCGCCUCCUUCUCCGUGGGAAGAGCGUUCCAGGCGCUGGUGGAGCAGGAAAGGAGCCGGGAGAGCUUCCCGAGGGCGGCGGCGGCGCUGAGGGACAGCGGAUUCCGGACCCGCAUCCUGGCCAGCCCGCGGCCGGAGGACGGCGCGGGGCGGCUCCGUCGGGAAUUCCCGGCGGGGCUGGAAUUCUGCCGGCUCGGGAAGCACCAACCGGAGCCAGGGAUUUAUUCCCACGCCCCGCGGGCCCGGCCCCACCAGCUCCUGAGCCGGGAGGAGCCGAUCCCGACUCCGUGUGAUCCGUCCGGCGUCGCCCACGGAUACGUCCGGAUCCGGCCCGGGGUGCAGCUGCACUUCGUGGAGCUGGGCCAGGGCCCCCCCGUGCUGCUGUGCCACGGAUUCCCGGAAUCCUGGAGAUCCUGGCGCUUCCAGAUCCCGGCCCUGGCCGAUGCCGGAUUCCGGGUGAUCGCCCUGGAGAUGAAGGGAUACGGGGAAUCCACCGCUCCUCCCGAUAUCCCGGAAUAUUCCCAGGAGCAGAUCUGCAAGGACCUGGUGGUUUUCCUGGAUAAACUGGGAAUUGCGCGGGUGGUGCUGGUGGGACACGACUGGGGCGGGGCCGUGGCCUGGAACAUGGCCCUGACACACCCGGAACGGGUCAG